AUGACACCGGUGAUAGAAAUGUUGCCGGUGCGCGUCCUGGUGGGAAGCAACUGGAGUUAUUACGUUGCCAUCGCGGUGGUAUUACUACUUGCAUUCAUCCUGCAGCCAUCGAAGCAAAGUCACGUAUCCGCACCGUUUUACAAAGCUUCGAAAACGAAGUGGAUGUUCAGUGCCGACACGUUGGUCAAGGAAAGCUACGACAAGUUUCGCGAUCGAGUAUACCAGAUCAAAGCCACGGAGGGUACCAGGACCAUGAUACCUGCCAGCUUGAUUGGUGAACUGAAGGGUCUUCCAGAGGACACAUUGAGCGCAUCGGCCGCUGUCGAUGAGGUGCGAGAGUCCAAUCGGGAUGACGAGAUAUGCGAUACUGAUGUCUCCCAGGCUAUGUUGAGCGACUACACCAAGUUCUGUCUUGGACCUCAUGGUGACACGCUCACAUUCCUCAUAAGAAGCAAGUUGACCCAACAACUGUCACGCCUGGUGCCCCGGCUCAAGUCGGAGCUGGAAUUCAUAAUUGUGCAGGAGUUUCCCGAAUGCAAAGAUUGGACUCCAGUGCAGGCGCAGCCCUUUAUGGUGCGUACCAUUGCCCGACUCAGUGGGAGGGCGUUUGUAGGACCGGAACUCGGUCGCACUGAGGAGUGGAUGGACACGACUAUCAACUUUGCGGUUCACGUGUUCGUUGCCGUGGUCAAGUUGCAGUUCUUCCCACCGUGGUUGCGACCAAUCGCACAGUACUUCGUUUCAGAGUUGGGGCAGAUCAAGCGCGAUCUUGCCAGGGGUCAAGCCAUGCUCAAACCCAUUAUCGACGAACGGCUACAAAAUGCCGAGCUAGAUCCUGGACACCAAAAACCGGACGAUUUUAUUCAGUGGACAGUGGACGCUCUCCCCGAUGCACAGAGGAACGAUUACUAUCUGCAAACACAACUUCAACUGGUUUUGGGGGCUGCAUCGAUACACACGACGAGCAACUUGACGACGGAUUGCAUUUUCGACUUGGCUGCACAACCAGAAAUUCAAGAAAUAUUAAGACAGGAGGCACAAGAAAUCCUCGAGGAUGGAGGUGGUUGGGCAAGAAAGGAAAGCAUGGCCAAGCUCAAGAAGAUGGACAGUUUCAUGAAGGAGUCGCAGCGCUUGGCUGGCAAUGUCACAUCAUUCAUCCGCAAAGUUAUCAAGCCGAUCGACCUCUCAGACGGCACGCAUCUUCCAUCCGGGACGAACCUACUCGCGCCACAAUAUGGCAUCAGCCAUGAUGAUCGCUAUUUCCCCGACCCCGAGGUCUUCGAUGGACUACGCUUCUGGAAGAUGCGCCAAUUAUCAGACGAGACCGCCAACCGCCACCAAUUCACCAGCAUCGGCGACACGAAUAUGAACUUCGGCUUGGGCAAACACGCCUGCCCGGGUCGCUUCUUCGCCGGAAAUGAGAUUAAGCUCAUCCUGGCCUACUUGCUGCUCAACUACGACAUCAAGCUCAAGGACGGCGAAACCGAACGGCCGAAGCCUAUGAUGUUCAUGAUGAGCAAAACGCCCAAUCCGACUGCCGAGAUUAUGUUCAGGCGACGCGAGCGAAGCUCCUCGUCAUGA